AUCAGUAGUCAUUGAGCAGGAAAAAAAGUUCAUUCAUCACGCUUAUUUUAUGUUCUCAGAUCUGAUUAACACUUGCAAUUAUAAACUGUAGACGUUGCCCCUUAAAUUUGGGCUCUUCGAGUUUUGCCUAGUCGCAAGCCAUGAUUCUAACAGGGAAUCGAUUCGAGGAAGUCACUUGGUAAGACUCGAGUGAAAAUUGGAAUUAGCAGCAAUGUUUCAAGUUCUGUUUCUAGCAGACGCAGAUAGGGAUAAGGUUCAGAAAAACAACGUUAUUUCGGAGUCAUCAUCUUGGUUUAGGAGAGAUGUACUUACCAACUGCUUCAAGGAUGGAGAAAAAGUUUGUAUCGCAUAUGGACUCUGCGCUCUGUCUGCACUUGUGUCAGCCGUCGCAUGUUUACUCCUGACAUACCAAAGAUGCUAUUUGAGAAAGCAAAUUACGGCCGACGCUGCCACCUGCGCCAUCUAUUGUCUCCUUGGCCAUUUGUGCCACAGUGUUGGAGCGUUUCUUUCCAAGCAGUUGUCCUUUCAGGUCUUAAUGGGUGCGUUUUGGGCAGUGUUGGAGUUCAUUACUCUCUUCGCCGUCUUGCUCCCUAUGUGCUUGUUUUCUCGCUCGGAAAAGGGAAAGAGGCUGAGGAUGAUGAAGAAAAGGAGGAGACAGAACCUGUUGAGUGUGUGUCUCCUGUUAACGGUGGUCGGAGGGGGAAUGCACCUGACAGCCAGGAGUCAUGCCCACCCCGUGGACACCUACGGCCCUCAUGGGAGACGACUAUUAAGUAUCAUUGUUCAAGACAGUUUGGAGCUCCUGGGUUACGUUCUUGGUCUCCUGAGUUUUGUGAUCAGCUGGACCUCCCGUUUUCCAGCUUUUGUGAUUGUUUACAACAGAAAGCAAAGAGGAGCAAUUCAUUCCAUGGCUGGGAUUUUGUAUGCUGUGGCUGGUGGCCUUUAUGCAGCUGCCAUCUUGAUCCAUGAUACAAGACUUCCAUUUGUUGUCAAAGCCUUGCCAUGGAUUAUGUCCUCAACAUGUUGGGGAGUCUUGGAACUCCUUCUCCUGGCCCUGUCCCUUAGCAGAAGGAGAUCUGUCCGUCAUCAGACUGUGAGAUCUCUCAGCUCGGACACUGUGGCCUUGUUAUCUAAUGGCAGACACAAAGGGAAGGGGCCCAGGAAACGCAAGCUCCAGGACAAAGAUGCACAUCCUUUUUACCCAACGACUAACUGUAAUCUACCUAAGAGGACUGAGAUGGGACACUACAUGGAUGUUAACAUUCAGCCUGUACGCAAGGUGUGUCUGAAGGAAGUGACGGUGUCCCGUGAGGGUCAGUGUGGGAGUGAGCCGCUCAAGAGGACGGUGAAAGUGGUCAGGGUCGAUGACGCCUGUUCCUCAGGCAGCUCCUCAGACUCCUCCUCAUUCUACUCUGACGACCUAGAGGUUAGCAGCCAUUUCCUCACCAGGCAGUUGCAGGCAACGUGGGAUUUUGAGGAGGCGGCUUCUACGCAGUGGUGCAAGGUUUCAAAGGCGCAGGAUGACACGGAGGCUUUUCCUCUGCAGCCGUGGACAGUGAAGCCAACCCUGACCGCCAGCACCCAACCAGGAUCCCACUGCUCUUGUGACCAGGGUUUGGCCAACAAAAAUGGCUGCUGAUGGACUGACAGACUGUGAGAAGACUGAGUCAAGCUCUGGGAAAUAACUGGAGAGCCCUUGCUGACCAACACAGUCGUUUGUGCGCAUGGGCUACACCUAAGAGUAGAAAACAACCUUGGACUACCACAUUGUCAUGGGAUUACACUAUAUAAUAAAAAAAAAACCAACCAUAAUUAUUGUUAUCAAUGGCUUCAUUGGUGUAUUUGAAUUGCUAAUGCAUACCACAGUUUGAUACAACUUACCCAACGAUUCUGUAACAGAUCCACCUGGAAUUUAGUUGCCAAAUAACUGUCUAAAUUAUUAUAUAUUCUGUAAUAUAUUUCAUAGAUUGGAUGUUGAGACAUACAGGAAAUGCAUUUAGUAUUUGUGAAUGCUGCUACAAAAGAUGUUUCUUGAUAUUAGCUACUUGCACUUUUUGUUAUUGUGGGAAAACAACUCUCUGGAAUUCUCAGUAGGGCUUCAAUGGUUCAGCCACACUGACAAGUAUCAAUAUGUUUUCCAUGGACAUCCCUGCUUGGCAAUUAGCUUUUGUGCACACAGCACUUCUGACAUUUUCCAGAAACCACUAAUGUUGCUUGCAGCAGUUUUAAGUCACAGAAUCGCAACACAUCGAGAUGGUUCUUUGGAUCGAAACUCUGAUCUGACUUGCCAGGCAGCUCAUUUGGUCAGCACUCCACUUUCACUCGCAUUGGCUCCAGGCGUGGUUUCCUUCCUCUGAGCCAAACC